AUGUGGUCCCUCGUCUUCUUUGCUGCCGGAGCACUCGGCCAGGCAGGUAUAGACUACAAUUCCGCGCCUCCCAACCUGUCCACACUCGCCAAUGGUUCUCUAUUCGAGACUUGGCGGCCUCGCGCUCACAUACUGCCUCCCUUUGGACAGAUUGGAGACCCCUGCGCCCACUAUGUAGAUGCCGAGACGGGCACUGUCCAUUUCGGCUGGCUUCACGAUGGUGCUUCGGGGGCGACCACGGAUGACCUUGUCACAUACAAGGACUUGAAUGCAGAUGGCGCCCCCUUCAUCGAGGCGGGAGGACUGAAUGAUCCGGUGGCCGUAUUCGACGGCACCGUCAUCAACGUGGGCGUGGACGGAAAACCAACGUUUCUAUACACCUCCGUUUCGUAUUUGCCCAUCCAGUGGACCAUUGCUUAUACUCGUGGAAGCGAGACACAGUCUCUCGCUGUAUCCUAUGACGACGGCAAGAACUUUACCAAGCUGGAGCAAGGGCCAGUUAUCCCAGGACCUCCCUUUGCCGUUAACGUGACAGGAUUUCGGGAUCCCUACGCCUUUCAAAGCACACAGCUCGAUACACUCCUCAACAGCACUGACGGUACGUGGUACCUUGUCAUCUCGGGAGGCGUACACGGCGACGGUCCAAGUCAGUUCCUUUACCGCCAGUAUGACCCCGAGUUCCAGUACUGGGAGGAGCUUGGCCAAUGGUGGCACGAGGUCGCCAACACGACAUGGGGAAGUGGCAACUGGGCGGGCCGUUGGGGCUUCAACUUUGAGGUAUCCAACAUCUUCACACUGGACGAAGAAGGCUACAGUGAUGACGGAGCAUUCUUCACCACCCUGGGAGCCGAGUGGUCACUAGCACCCAUUGUGCCCCAAGUGUCUGAUUUCAGGGACGCGCUGUGGGUCUCGGGUGACGUGACAAUCGAGGACGGCGAGGUCAAAUUCAUUCCUUCAUAUGCGGGAAAGUUGGAAUGGGGACACUCGGCCUAUGCGACCCAUGGACAGGUUGUCCGAGCAGACUCGAAGCCGUCCAAUGCGAGCGGCGCUCCGGAUCGGUUCAUCUCUACCACGUGGCUCACUGGAGACUACUAUGGCACCUUGGACCCGGCUACCAACCAGCAGAAUUGGACCGGCGCCCUUCUUUUGCCCCGAGAGCUCAGCAUCGGAAAGAUUUGCAACGUUGUGGACAAUGAACUCGCUCGAGAGGUCGGAUCAUGGAAAACAAGCCGAAAUGAGUCGGGCGUUGUGGACCUUUCCACCCUUAGGCAAACCAUUGUGAGAGAGUCGCUUGCAGCCCUCUUGGAGGGUGAGAGCUUCCAGGAAGACAGCCGUACUCUGAACUCUUCCGCCGUGAUACCAUUCCAACAAUCUCCCCAAUCCAAAUUCUUUGUCCUCGAGGCCUCGAUCACUGUCCCGCAGUCAGUCCGGGGCGGUGAUGUCAAGGCAGGAUUCCAGAUACUCGCUUCCGAGUAUGAGAGCACAAGUAUCUACUACCAGUUCAGCAACGAGUCCAUCAUGGUUGACCGAGCCAACACCAGUGCUGCCGCCGAGACUACCAAUGACAUUGACUCCCGGAAUGAAUAUGGACGGCUCCGUCUUUUCGAUAUUGCGCAAGAUGGCGAGGCGACAGUAGAAGUACUCAAAUUGACUAUUGUGGUUGAUAACGCAGUGGUCGAAAUUCACGCCAAUGAUCGAUUCGUUUUGAGCACGUGGGCACGCUCUUGGUAUGCCUCAUCAACUGAACUUCGCUUCUUUCAUGAAGGAGAGGGCGAAGUCACGUUCGAGAACAUAACAAUUCACGAGGGCUUGUUUGAUGCCUGGCCGGACCGCGCCUACUAA